AUGGCCAUUAAGAGAGUGUUUGUGCAAAUCACCUACCGCAAUGCCUGGCACAUAAUAACCCAACGAUAUAAGCAACAAAGCACGAAGACUGAGAGACUAGAACAAGAGCUCCCAGCGCCCGGACGCGGCCCGAAGCGCGCGCAGUAUCAAGAUAAAGAGGAAGUUGUCUUAUGGAUGAAUACUGUUGGGCCCUACCAUAAUCGCCAAGAGACAUAUAAGUACUUUUCACUUCCAUUCUGUGUGGGGUCAAAAAAAAGUAUCAGUCAUUACCAUGAAACUCUGGGAGAAGCACUUCAAGGAGUUGAAUUGGAAUUUAGUGGUCUGGAUAUUAAAUUCAAAGAUGAUGUGAUGCCAGCCACUUACUGUGAAAUUGACUUAGAUAAAGAAAAGAGAGAUGCAUUUGUGUAUGCUAUCAAAAAUCACUACUGGUACCAGAUGUACAUAGAUGACUUACCAAUAUGGGGUAUUGUUGGUGAAGCAGAUGAAAAUGGAGAAGAUUACUAUCUUUGGACGUACAAAAAACUCGAAAUAGGUUUUAAUGGAAAUCGAAUUGUUGAUGUUAAUUUGACUAGUGAAGGAAAGGUGAAACUGGUUCCCAAUACUAAAAUCCAGAUGUCAUAUUCAGUGAAAUGGAAAAAGUCAGAUGUAAAAUUUGAAGAUCGAUUUGACAAAUAUCUCGAUCCAUCCUUUUUUCAACACAGGGUCGCCGUUUGUUGCAUCUGUUUUUUUGUUAUUCUUCCUCUAAAUCUUGUUGGUACAAUACUUGGCCGAAAUCUGUCUGGUCAGCCCAACUUUCCUUGUCGUGUCAAUGCUGUGCCUCGUCCCAUACCGGAGAAAAAAUGGUUCAUGGAGCCUGCAGUUAUUGUUUGCCUGGGAGGAAUUUUACCUUUUGGGUCAAUCUUUAUUGAAAUGUAUUUCAUCUUCACAUCUUUCUGGGCAUAUAAGAUCUAUUAUGUCUAUGGCUUCAUGAUGCUGGUGCUGGUCAUCCUGUGCAUUGUGACCGUCUGUGUGACCAUUGUGUGCACAUACUUUCUACUAAAUGCAGAGGAUUAUAGGUGGCAAUGGACAAGUUUUCUCUCUGCUGCAUCAACUGCGAUCUAUGUUUACAUGUAUUCCUUUUACUACUAUUUUUUCAAAACAAAGAUGUAUGGCUUAUUUCAAACAUCAUUUUACUUUGGAUAUAUGGCAGUAUUUAGCACAGCCUUGGGGAUAAUGUGUGCUGUCUUUUGGGGAGACAUUGCCUUAGAUGAAGAGGACCUGAAGUUAUUUCACGUCGACAAAGCCGGAGACUGGAUCAAGCAGUCAGCAGAGGAAGGGGAACAUAGCACAG